AUGCUCCCGGCGGGGGAGCGGGAAGCGCACCGGGUGCUGGAGUGGGUGCCGGGAGUCAGCGUCUUCUACAACCUGGGCACCAGCGUCUACUUCGCCUUCCAGGGCUGCAAAGCCACGGCGUCCACGCGGGCGCUGGAGGCCGCCGAGGAUUUGGGCUACGCCGGGCUGGCGGCGCUCACCGGGGGCCUGGGGGGCCCGGUGGCCAUGGGGGUGCAGAUGGGGCUGCAGCCGGGCAUCAAGGCGGGUGUGAGGGCGCUCAUCGGGUACUUCACCUCGGCCGGGGAGCCUUCGCCGGUGCCCACUGCCCACAGCGAGGGCGCUCAUCGGAAAGUGACCUACGAGAGGGACCCGCUGGUGGCAGAGACCCCCCUGCUGGAGCAGCGGCUGCAGGAGCAGCUCACGCACCUGCUGAAGAGGUCUCUGGCUUAUUCCAUGAUUUUUAAGAAGUGGGGGCAGCACAGGGAGGGCAGGGGGUCUCGGGGCAGCCCUGACCCGCCGUUUUCCCGCAGCGCCUUCACCACCACGCUGCCCUUCGUCAUCAUCUCCAACAACAACCAGUUCUCCAGCGCCUGGGCCUCCAUCCUCUGGUUCAACAUGCUCAGCUCUGACCCCAAGCCCAAUGUCCCCUCGUUGGGCUUCGUGAGCCGCAAGCAGGAGAAGAAGCUGCUCAAGUCCAAGCGCACGGGGACGUUCCUGCUGCGCUUCAGCGAGAGCGUCCUGGGCGGGGUCACCUUCACCUGGGUGGAGCACCACGAGAAAGGAUCCCCCACUUUCCACGCCGUGGAUCCCUACACGGCCUCGGAGCUGGUGUCGCUGGCGCUGCCCGACAUCAUCCGCGACUACCAGAUGAUGGUGGAGGAGAACAUUCCAGAAAACCCCCUCAAGUUCCUGUACCCCAACACCGCCCGGGACGAGGCCUUCGGGCCCUACUACAGCCAGAGGCAGGAGGGGACCCUGAGUGACUCCCAGAAAUACCUGAACCGGCGCCUGAUCCGCGUCUCCUCCAGGCAGCCCAGCAAGUGGCAAACAGAAGAGGAGCUGGUGGUAGCCACGGAGAACCUGGAGACGCUGCAGCUGCAGCCCGGAGGGCAGGGGACACAGCAGGCUGGUGGCCUGGCACUGCCACAGCCCCAGAGCUCGGGGACACCGCAGGGCACCCCUGGGAGCCUGGGGACCCUUCAGGGGGUGGCCACGAGCCCAGGGACACUGCAGGUCACCCCUGGGAGCCUGGGGACCCUUCAGGGGGUGGCCACGAGCCCAGGCACACUGCAGGUGAUGGCCACAAGCCCAGGGGUGCCACAGGUCACCCCUGGUAGCCUGGGGACCCUUCAGGGGGUGGCCACAAGCCCAGGGACCCUGCAGGUGAUGGCCACAAGCCCAGGGUUGCCACAGGUCACCCCUGGGAGCCUGGGGACCCUUCAGGGAGUGGCCAGUAGGCUGGGUAUAGCACAGGUGGUAGCCACAAGCCCAGAGACACUGCAGGUCACCCCUGGGAUCCUGGGGACACCACAGGUGACAGCCACAAGCCCGGGGACCCUGCAGCCCACGGGCUUGGGGCUGCUGCAAGCACAGCCCCAAAACCUGGAGCCACCACGGGUGGCAUCAGGGGCCCCCAACAUCCAGGGGACGCUGCAGGUGGCCCCAGGGGCUGUGGGGACCGUGCAGGUGCUGCCUGCGGGGCUGGGGGUGCUGCAGGUGGGGUCAGGGGACUUGGGGACACUGCAGGGGCAGCAGGGGACACGGCACCCCGGGACCCCCCGGCUCUCGUGGGAGUCCUCGGCAUUGCUGGGACCCUUCUGGGACCCCCAAACGUAUUCUCAGUAUCCUCGGGACCCCCAGGGGCAUCCCCAGCAUCCCUGGGACACUUCUGGGACCCCCAAACAGAUCCUCAGCAUCCCUGAGACCCUCAGAUAUCCCAAGAUCCCCAGGGGCAUCCCCAGCAUCUCUGGGACCGUUCUGGGACCCCCAAGCAGAUCCUCGGCAUCCCUGGGACCCUUCUGGGACCCCCAGGUUCAUCCUCAGCAUCUCUGGAACCCCCUCAGAUAUCCCUGGACCCCCCAGGGGUAUCCCUCGCCCUUCCUGGGACCCCCAGGCACUCCCGGAAUCCCCAGGGGCAUCCCCCAGCAUCCCUGGGACCCAUCUGGGACCCCCAAACGUAUCCACAGCCUCUCUGGGACCCCCAGACAUCCCCGGGACCCCCGGAUUCAUCCUCAGCAUCUCUGGGACCCCCGGACAUCCCCGGGACCCCCAGGCCUAUCCCCCAGCAUCCCUGGGAACUCCAGGCACAUUCCACAACAUCCCCGGGACCCCCGGGCACCCCUGGAACCCCUUGGGCUCCCCCCAGACUCAUCUGGGAACCCCAAGCACAUCCCAUAG